AUGACCACUGAGGAAGUGAAUCCUAAGGCAUUCCCGCUGGCCGAUGCCCAGCUCACGGCCAAGAUCAUGAAUCUGCUGCAGCAGGCCUUGAACUACAACCAGCUGAGGAAGGGAGCCAACGAGGCCACCAAGACCCUCAAUCGUGGAUUGGCCGACAUCGUGGUGCUCGCUGGGGACACGGAGCCCAUCGAGAUUCUGCUGCACUUGCCGCUCCUCUGUGAGGACAAGAACGUGCCCUACGUCUUUGUGCGUUCCAAGCAGGCUCUCGGACGCGCCUGCGGAGUCUCGCGGCCAAUUGUCGCCUGCUCGGUGACCACCAACGAGGGCAGCCAGCUCAAGUCGCAGAUCACCUCCAUCCAGCAGGAGAUCGAGCGACUGCUAGUCUAGUUUUAGUUUAGACUUAAGUGAACAUGCGUACAAAGUGGUAAUUUCAAUAAACAUGUGUAUUUUUUAAUGCAAA